GUUUAAGGCCACGAUGUGAGCAGCUUUUAGUAUGGUAUAAUCUGUUUACAGUUUACCAGCAUGUACCAUUCCUAGCCUAUUUUUUCUGCCUCCUUCAGUUUUUUGCAGUAGAACAUAUCGCAGCUACCACAGGCUCCUCUGCAGCUACCACAAGCUACUCUACUUCUUACCUGUGGACAUUUUUUGUUUUGUUUAAAUCUAAGCUCUAUAUGCUGAAAUAAGCAAGACUGCAGCAUGUAAGAAACAAAUCCAUCCCUCUUUGGUCUGCCCUUCUUUUACCUUUGCUGUUUGUUUCGUUUAAUUAGUCGGGGAUCUCAAAUCCUAAACAAAUCAGUGGGAAAGAAAUUACCUCUCUGCUAGAAUCUCUUUUAUCAGAGACUUACAUGGAGACUUAUGUUUCCAGCUUUUGUAAAUUUUUGGUGAUUGUUCAGAGAAAAUUCUUCCAGCAUCGCUUGCCUUAAAGAGGAAACACAGACAAAGGGAUGUGUCAGUGGAGCAGCCUGUGGUUAGCAAAGACUUACAGAUGAAGAAGAACCACUGAGAACAAGAGGGUAGUUCAGAAGUCAGCAAAACUGUUGUUAAAAUGCCAUUAUCUGUGAAGAUCGCGGGGAAAAAGGACCUCAGGUUGGCAGACAUUGAACGAUCAAGCAAAUCAAGGUGAAGCAUGAACCGUGUCUGCAGGACCUCUCAGCAACACUCUUUGCACCAAUGAGGAAUACAAGAAUAUAUCAUAAAAAAACAGUUGCAGUUUACAUUUUUUGGGUAUAUCCUCACUGACUUCUGCAUUUGUAGAAAUGGAUAUGCUUUAUGAAGAAAAGAAUUCUAUGGAUGAAACAGCAAACACCUUCCUACAACUGAACCAAAACAGAAAACUCUGCAGAAAUAUGUUGGCUUCUAAAGAGAUUAACAUGUCUAAUGUGUAUAAUCUGACCUCAUAUGUUGAAGAUGUAAUGAAUUGCUCUUGCGAGAAGAGUCUCACUCCACUCUGCAACGCAUCUGUUCAUGAAAACAGUCCUCUUCAGGAGGAGAAAAACUGGCCUGCCUUGCUAACAGUCGUUGUGAUGAUUCUAACAAUAGCUGGAAAUAUUCUUGUCAUCAUGGCUGUAUCAUUAGAGAAAAAGCUGCAGAAUGCUACCAACUAUUUCCUCAUGUCACUUGCAAUAGCUGACAUGCUCUUGGGGUUUCUUGUCAUGCCUGUAUCAAUGCUGACCAUACUAUAUGGAUAUGUGUGGCCUCUGCCUAGAAACCUCUGUGCUGUGUGGAUCUAUUUAGAUGUGCUUUUCUCCACUGCCUCCAUUAUGCAUCUCUGUGCCAUCUCUCUGGAUCGUUACAUUGCCAUACGAAGCCCCAUCCAUCACAGCCGUUUUAAUUCGAGAACAAAAGCUUUUACAAAAAUCAUUGCUGUUUGGACUAUAUCUGUAGGCAUUUCAAUGCCAGUUCCAGUGUUUGGACUACGUGAUGAUUCUAAAGUUUUCAAGAACGGAAGCUGCCUCCUUGUGGAUGAGAAUUUUGUCUUAAUUGGCUCUUUUGUGGCCUUCUUUAUCCCACUGGUUAUUAUGUUAAUCACCUACUUUUUAACCGUAAAAUCUCUCCAAAAAGAAGCCACGUUAUGCCUGAAUGACCUUCAUUCCAGAACCAAAUUUUCUUCAUUCAGUUUCUUCCCCCAAAGUUCUCUUACUUCAAACAAGUUUUUCCAGCGCUCUCUAAGCAAAGAACUAGGAGUCUCUGGCAGGAGGACAAUGCAAUCAAUUAAUAAUGAACAGAAAGCAUCCAAAGUACUUGGAAUUGUCUUCUUCUUGUUUGUUGUGAUGUGGUGUCCAUUUUUCAUCACCAAUGUGAUGACAGUCAUUUGCAAGGAGGCAUGCAAUAAAAAUGUAAUUGAGGGGCUGCUUAACAUUUUUGUCUGGAUUGGGUACCUCUCUUCAGCUGUCAAUCCACUUGUAUAUACGCUGUUCAAUAAAACCUAUCGAACUGCUUUCUCAAGAUAUAUCCAAUGUCACUACAGGGAGGAAAAGAAACCCUUGCAAAUGUUCUUAGUAAACACUAUCCCUACCAUAGCAUACAAUUCAAGCCAACUUCAGUUAGCUCACGAGAAGCAUCUAAAAAAAGAAUCAGAAUUGGUGGCCAAGGACAUCUCUCCAGUGAACACUGGAAGAUAUAAUUUGGAUCUAACUUUAAAGAGCGAUGCCAGUAACGUGAGCGAAAAGGUUAGUUGCUUAUGACUGUGUGAACCUAUUCACAGCUACCAUGGCAACUGUUGGAUGUUCCUGGAGACAUUUCCACCUAAGCUUUUGCAACUUAGCAAGAAGAGCUCAGCAUCCUCAGUAUAACCACAAAUCAAUCCUGUCCUGCUGUCUAGAGAAAUCUGAAUUUAGACACUAUGAUAUAUGCCUAUGUGGUGGUGGUGGAUGCAUGAAUCAUAUGCUUCAGGUAUCAAACAGACUUGGUGGGUCUAUUAUCUUGAAUAAUCAUCCUGAAAAAUAAUUUUCAACAGAAUAUAUGGUCUCCUGUAAUUACACAAAUUUUGAAAAAGUCCUUUGGCUUUUUAAAGUGUAAAUAUGUGAAUCACCCAUGAAAUCUGCAUGUAGGGUAUCAGUCUGUGAGGAAGCAUCAGAGAUGAAACAAUGAGAGAAAACAUUCUGAAGAUCUCUCUCUACCUCUGUUGCUCCUCCAAAGAUACGCAGUUAGUAGUGCAAGCACGGGUGCACAUUUCUCCAAUUCCAAUGUUAUUUUCUCUGUGUUCUUUUUCUUUUACUAGU